UUAUUCCUCCAGCCUGUGGCACAUUUUGGUCUCUCCAGGCAAACACAUCAAUUCAACACACACUUGCCAAGACCAUCUGUGUGCCCUGUUCGGUGCUGAGUGACACACAGUCUGUGGCAUCGGGGACCUCACUGUCUGGCGGGAGCCAUAAGACAGACAUAAUUGGUGCAAGAUAUAAUGAGAAGUCAUAAAAAGGCAAAGAGCCCCCUGAGGCAGGAAGCAGCACGGGAGGGGAGCUCUAGUGGACCCAGGUGGAGAUUGGGAAUUGGAUUUGGCGCUCACUAACCCUGUGACCCAGGCUACUGCCUCCUUUUUGUCAUCAGUUUCCACAUUCAUAAAAGGAGGGGGCGGGGUUGGACUUGGUGACUGAUGAAGAAAGAAUUAAAGCCGUUAGGGGAGAUCUUUUGGAAGAGCUUCAUUGAAGGAGGUGGCUUUGGAGCCAGCCCAUUAGGGACAAGUAAGAUUUCAACAGAAAGAGAUGGGAAUGCUGCUGUCCCCAUUGAUAGCGCCUGGAGGGCUGAGGUGAAUGAGGUGGAGCAAAGAGGGGAGCAUCAGUGGCCAUUACCUUAACAUGACUCUCAGGAACCCCAAACUCAUUGGGGAGGCAGAGAGCAGAAUUAUCUUCGGAUGCAGGGAGACAGAUGCGUGAUGUGAGCAGAAAAUCAUUUCUCCUGAGCUGCCAAGAGGGAACUGCAAGAUUCUGAGGGAGGUCAGCUCCUUUGGGGGAGAGGCGGGUCUGUGCUCAUCAUGGAAUGCCCAGCCAUGCGGAUUCUAAACAGCCUUGGCAUUAGCCAAGAGACGCUCUUCCAGAGUCCCGAGGAUGGCUGGCAGCUCUACACCUCGGCCCAGGCUCCAGACGGGAAGUGUGUGUGCACAGCGGUCAUCCCUGCACAGAACAGCUGUUCCCGUGAUGGCCGGAGUAGGGAGCUGAGGCAGCUCAUGGAGAAGGUCCAAAAUGUCUCCCAGUCCAUGGAAGUCCUUGAGCUACGGACAUUUCGUGACCUACAGUAUGUAAGGAAUACAGAGUCCCUCAUGAGAAGCUUGGACUCAAGGCUCCGGGCAGCUGAUGGGGCCCGAAGCUUGUCUGCCAAGAAUUUCCAGGAGCUGAAGGACAGGAUGACGGAGCUACUACCCCUGAGCUCAGUAUUGGAGCAGUACAAGGCAGAUACAAGGACGAUUGUGCGCUUGAGAGAGGAGGUGAGGAACCUAUCAGCAAGCCUGGCAGCCAUCCAGGAGGAGAUGGGUGCCUUUGACUAUGAGGAACUGCAGCAACGCGUGCUAGUGCUUGAGGCCCGGCUCCAUGCCUGUGCACAGAAGCUGGGCUGUGGCAAGCUCACUGGAGUCAGUAACCCCAUCACCAUCCGCGCCAUGGGCUCCCGUUUUGGAUCCUGGAUGACAGACACCAUGGCCCCCAGUGCAGACAGUCGUGUAUGGUACAUGGAUGGCUACUACAAGGGACGGCGGGUGCUUGAAUUCCGCACUUUGGGUGACUUUGUGAAGGGGCAGAACUUCAUUCAGCAUCUAUUGCCACAGCCAUGGGCAGGCACAGGCCAUGUGGUCUACAAUGGCUCACUCUUCUACAACAAGUACCAGAGCAACGUGGUGGUGAAAUAUCAUUUCCGGUCACGCUCAGUGCUGGUCCAGCGCAGUCUGCCUGGGGCUGGCUACAACAAUACCUUCCCCUACUCCUGGGGUGGCUUCUCUGACAUGGACCUCAUGGUGGAUGAGAGUGGCCUGUGGGCUGUCUACACCACCAACCAGAAUGCGGGCAACAUCGUGGUGAGCCGGCUGGACCCCCACACCCUCGAGGUCAUGCGGUCAUGGGACACAGGUUACCCCAAGCGCAGUGCAGGUGAGGCCUUCAUGAUCUGUGGCGUUCUCUAUGUGACCAACUCACACCUGGCUGGGGCCAAGGUCUACUUCGCUUACUUCACCAACACAUCAAGCUAUGAGUACACGGACGUACCCUUCCACAACCAGUACUCCCACAUCUCCAUGCUGGACUAUAACCCUCGUGAACGUGCCCUCUACACCUGGAACAAUGGCCACCAAGUGCUCUAUAAUGUCACUCUCUUCCAUGUCAUCAGCACAGCUGGAGGCCCCUAGGACCCAGCCUAGGGGGGUGCCUGUAGGGGGAGGGGAGCCUCUCUCUGUCGCUGUCUUCCUAUUUUGAUCUGUCUCUCUUUUUCUCUCAAUCUGUCUAUCUCUGUGUCUCUAUUUCAGUCUCUCUUUUGGUCUGCCUGUUUCUCUUUCAAUCUCUUUCUAAAUGUCUGUGUCUCUCCCUGUCUCUCUAUAGCGCUGUCUCUGUUUCUUUCUUGGUAAUUCUGGGUGCCUCUCUUGCUCUCUCUAUAUCUAUGCAAGGAUCUAUGGAUUUAGAUAUAGAUUAGGGCCUCUGUCUCUCUCUGUCUCUGUCUCCAUCUCCCCACCAUCCCCUGUCCCAUCCUGCCUAGGGAAUCUGCCUAGGAAUUGACUGCAUGAAUCGACUUCUUUUUUUAUUUAUUGCUUUUCUUUCUGGCUCAAUAAACAGGAACUUUGACAUUUUC